AUUUUCUCUGGGUGACAUGGCUACUAGUGCGCUAUAUACCCACCACUGACUCGCAGUUCGUCACUCACAGACAAAGUAUGCCUUUGAUUCCAACUGAUCCCAGUUCGUGGUCACUCGAUAUGUAUCGUGUUUUCAACUAUUUUGUAGUGUUGACAUUCGGCCAGGAGUAUGAAUUGAUUUGGAAACAACGCCGUUCUUUCAUGACUGCUCUAUAUAUUGUCGUGCGGUACUUUGGAAUAUUAUAUUCUGUCAUAAAUCUCCCGGGAGCCUUGACGACAGACACGGUAAGCUACGUUAUGGACCUCGCACUCUUGUGGGCGACUUUUCCCAUAAAUGGCACGUUGACUGUCAUCAUGAUCUUUCGGUUACAUGCCAUGUAUCAGCGAUCCAGAAAGAUACUCAUCUUUCUCAUUGCGACCUUCGUCUCCGUCACGAUUUUCUGCGUAGCAAUUGCUGUAUCAGGAACCAGCCUUCUUUCGAUAAAGGUGUUUCUCUACGGCUCGCAGUGCGUUUACGAAAUCGACGCAAACCAACAACUUCGGAUGCUCGAGACUUAUGCAGUCGCUACUGCAUGGGAGGCUCUCACACUUGGUCUUGCAAUCUGGAUUGUUGUAAAACACCUGCGUGAACUGCGAACACAAUCGACAGGACAAACUGUCAUUGGUGAUUUAUUCACGGUGUUACUCAAAACUCAUGCCCUCUACUUUAUAUUCUUUACUGUUAGUUCCAGCCUCAAUAUUGGCUUAAUGUCUCCAUAUUUCUCUGCCUUAACCUCUGUGGGAGCUCAGAGUUAUCGUGGUAUUCUUGAACUUUCCACGCUCUUGCAGAUGUUUGUGGCAGGACCGCGCCUGAUCCUUAGCGUUCGAGGAUAUCAUGCCAAGUUCAUGCCUAACUUCGAGGAAGGAACUACCAUAUAUUCAAUGGCUUUCCGGGAAUACAUACCAGAGUCAACUGACAGUGAUGUGUAGCACGAGAUAUCUCCAGUCGACUAACACUGUCGGACUCUGUACAUACCACAAAACAUGGACAAUAUAUUGGUGUGGUACUUCUCAUGAACAAGACUCGUCUCUCAUUUGUGCUGCUAUACUGGAACGGAUUCAUGUUGCAAAUAUUAUCCACGCUACAGCUCCGAACUUCCGAACUUUUUGGAUUUCGUGAUCACUCGGGUCGUGAGCUCGUUGUACUAGAAGAAUCAGAGUAGGGUACUGCUAGCAGCUUCAUGGUAUCACGGGCGCACCUGGCACACGAGGGACUUUAUCGUACAUCGAAUUACGAAGUACUGAGUGACAUCUGAAGUGAUUCAUUUGGCCGGCACUUAGCACCUAAGGAUCGACUGCGACUCUGAACCUUGAGGCACUCUCGGUUGUCCGCCAGAUGAUGUUCAGUGUAGAUGAAGGGAAUAGACAGUGCCAAUUGAUUGUUCG